GGCGGGAGCGGCGGCUGCAGCGCGCUCGUGUCCGCGGCGCUUUCCGUGGGUGCCGCUGUGGGUCGGUGCCUGCCCCGUUCUGCCGCGACUUCAUGUCUGUGCUCUGCCCCCUGCCCUGCUCUGAUUAUCUGAGAUCAGCUGAGAUGACUGAAGUGAUGAUGAACACCCCGGCUAUGGAUGAGAUYGGGCUAAGCCCCCGCAAGGACGGCCUCUCAUACCAGAUUUUCCCUGAUCCCUCGGACUUUGACUGUUACUGUAAGCUGAAGGACCGUCUGCCCUCAAUCGUGGUGGAGCCAACAGAGGGUGACGUGGAGAGCGGGGAGCUGAGAUGGCCACCUGAGGAGUUCCUCGUGCAGGAGGAGGAAGAGGAGGAGGAAGAAAGCUGUGACGAUGCAAAGAAGGACAACAAGGAGCAAUAGAUGUCAUCCAAGGAAAGGCAAGGGACUGCACCCUUCUGAAGGAAGAGCCACACUUCUUUUGAAAGUCUUUUUUUAAACAAAAAAAGACAAGUUCAAUUUUGCACCUGCAAGAUCUUAGUUUUUUUUGUAUUCUCUGUAUCGAGAACUGAAGCCCUCGAUGUGACAGAAUCACCAGACCUUCUGAGGAAGGAAGUAACGCAGAGAAAUGUUUGCUGUUCUCGAGAUCACUAUCUGAAUUUUUCUGAGGCUGAGGCAGCAGAGAUUCCAAGUGCAUGGUGGAAGGCGAACACAUGAGGAACGCUUUGCGGGGAGCUUGGGGRGGGGAAUAAAGAAGUAAAAUGCAGCAGUGUUCAGCCAAUAACUGCCUCUGGCUAAAAGCAUGAGAAUAGAGUCGUCAUCUCUCAGAUAUGCCUUUCUUAAAGCUUCCAUUUUGUGUGUUUGGGGGUAGAAGGGUGUCUGCAGUGAAGUAUCACUAAAUACUCUACUGACGAGGGGCCUGUAGAUUUUUUCCCCAGUCCAGCACCUCCUAGAGUAACAUGAGCAUAUGUAGGAGUAGGGUUUCUUGCUCUUGCUGUUGAGCCUGUUCCAGCCACUUGCCCAAAGCUGUUUUUUUCCCCCCUUCUCUUUGCCUUUAGACUCUUCAGUGCUGAACGGCUGUUUUUGCAGGAUAAUGUUAGGCUGCUGCUCGUCAUCUGUGCUGCAAGGCCCUAGUUUAUCUUGCAGGUGGUUAGCAUGAGGUAAUGGGAAUCUAAUGUGGAGACUUCUGUCUGCAGCAUGAGCUAGCCUAGAUUUAAACACCUUGGGUUUUUCUCUCCUGUUUGCUGAGGCUGCUGUGAUAAGUCUCAUCUUGCUCCAGUGCCCAAAGCCAAUUGUGUCUGGAGAGUGGGCUUCCACCUGCCUCCUGUGAUGUCUUUGAGGCUCUGUGGUUUCAUGUGUCAAACUUGCUGCUCACCAGGCUUGUAAAGGUUGGGAAUCUUCAGCUUUGUGAGCCUUCAAGGCCUCCUUAAAGCCAUGGUGAUGCAGGACAGGCCAGACCGCUCCCCUGUGYGAGUGGGGAUGUGCUGCCAAACCUGAGUGGGAAGGUAGACCAAGGGAGCUCUAGCAAAGAUCUUCAGUGGGAGGUCGGGUGUUGCAGGAGAGGUCUGCUCUGAACAUGUGGUGUGGASUGUCCUAGGCAGGAAACGCUUCUGGCCUGUAACAACAGGGAGACWUGCAUGGGUGUUUAAUGAAGUGCAGACAGGUUUGUGAAGUCCGUGGUUAUCCUUUUCAGCAUAUCCUGUUCCAAGGAGGAAUAGUCCCUGUUUGGGAAGGAGGGAGCUGUGUUGCAGGACAGGCUAAUGCUCUAUGUUUCUGGAGAGUGAUUGUCUUGCAGCUUCAGGGACCAGCUUGGGAGCCAGUGGGUCUUGGAACAGGAUGAGAAUAGUUACCACYUAAACCAAAUCUGGGGGCACAGAAGAGAAAGAAAUGUCAAGGCCUUAACCAAACUUUCAUAAUAAUCCCGAUGCCACCCCCCUUUGCUUAUAACUGGUUCCAUUUUUAAAAUCUAUUUGACAUGUGUGUGUGUGUUUGUAUUUUUAAUACCUCAUAAGUAGUUAAACGCUGGUGGGGGUUGAGAAUUGCUUUUAACAUUGGCAGGAUCGUUUUAGUCUUGUCUUGCUUGUGUAUAAACAUAAUGGCAAUAACUUAUCAGCUCUGCAUAACUGUUUCAGGCAGAUGAGAUAGGAGACUAGUUAGCACAAAGCAGGAAAAGUUGUGUCAUGACACUGCAGCUGGUCUCCUCCUAUUCUGGCAACCCAGAACCAGUUACAUGUGCUCCCUGCCAGCCUUGGGGCAUGGUUUGUCCCCGAAUGGUCCUGAUGUAGUGAUACCAUUUUCUCUGAACAGUGGAUUCAGCUGUUGUAUCUGUAACACUUGUUCUAGUCUUGCUGUCUUACUGGAAUGAGCUUGUACACCUGCAUACCAGCCAGUYGUCUUAUUUUUAAGUGUUACUCUCUAUUGGUCUCCAGUCUGUACCACCAAGUUCAAAGCUGUAUAUCAAAGAUACUACCAUGUGGGCAGCAAUGAAAUGGCAAUCCUUGGACUUCAGAGCUGCUGUCUGCCCUAAAGAUUUGCAUCUUUCUGUCUGCAUCCUUUUUUUUGGAAGUAUUGUGUAUAUUUC